CAUCCAGAACUACACGCCCAAGGUGGGCGAGGCCGCCACGCGCGCCGCCAUCCGCCGCGCCUUCCAGGUGUGGGCGUCGGCCGCGCCGGCGCUGCGCUUCCGCGAGGUCCCGUACGCGCGCAUCCGCGCCGGCGCCGCGCCCGGCGCCGACAUCAUGGUGCUCUUCGCCGAGGGCUUCCACGGCGACGCCACGCCCUUCGACGGCCCCGGCGGCUUCCUGGCGCACGCCUACUUCCCCGGGCCCCACAUCGGCGGCGACACCCACUUCGACGGCGCCGAGCCCUGGACGCACCGCGGCGACGACCUGAGCGGUAACGACCUGUUCCUGGUGGCCGUGCACGAGCUGGGCCACGCCCUGGGCCUGGAACAUUCCAGCGACCCCUCGGCCAUCAUGGCGCCCUUCUACCAGUGGAUGGACACCGAGGACUUCGAGCUGCCCGAGGACGACCGGCGCGGCAUCCAGCAGCUCUACGGUGAGACGGGCCGGGCAAAACGGGGAGGAGCUCCUCCUCGGGCCCCUCCCCCCCGCCCCUCCCCCCACCCCCACGGGCUCCGCCCCUCCCCCCCCCCGGGCCCCCCCUACGGGCCCCGGAUCUGCGACGGCGACUUCGACACCGUGGCCAUGCUCCGGGGGGAGAUGUUCGUCUUCAAGGAGCGCUGGUUCUGGCGCCUGCGCGAGGGCCGCCUCAUGCCCGGCUACCCGCUGCCCAUCGGCCACUUCUGGGCCGGGCUCCCCGCCGGCAUCGACGCCGCCUACGAGCGGAGCGACGGAAAAUUCGUCUUCUUCAAAGGCUCCCGGCACUGGGUGUUCGACGAGGGCGUCCUGGCCCCCGGCUACCCCCGGCCGCUGGCCGAGCUGGGCCGGGGCGUCCCGAGUGACCGCCUGGACGCCGCGCUGCUCUGGCUGCCCAGCGGCCACACCUACCUCUUCCGGGGGGACAAGUAUUACCGCUUCAACGAGGCCCUGGGGGCCGUGGACCCCGAGUACCCCAAGAGCAUCGAGGUCUGGGGGGUCCCCCCGGGCCCCCGCGGAGCCUUCAUGGGCCCCGACGAGGCCUUCACCUACUUCUACCGCUCCCACCUGUACUGGAAGUUCGACAACGCCGCGCUGCGCCCCCUGCCGGGCUACCCCAAAUCCGCGCUGCGCGAUUGGCUGGGCUGCGCCGCGCCGGCCCCGCCCACCGCCGCACCUGGCCCAGGUGACGCCGAGGUCAUCGUCAUCGCCGUGGGGGCGGGGCCGGGCGCGCUGGCGGCGCCGCUGGCGCUGCUGGGCGUGGCCGCGGCCCUGGGGGGCGUGGCCCUGCUCUGGCGGAGGCGGGGCGGGGCCCACGCCCACCUGCGCAGGUGUCAGAGGUCGCUGCUUGCCCAGGGUGUAGCCACGCCCAACGGCACGGAAGGGGCGUGGCCGGAGGGGUCGGCCGGCCACGCCCCCAGACUCACAUGGACACGCCCCCAGACUCACAUGGACGCGCCCACUUUGCAUGGACACGCCCCCAGACUCACCUGGACACACCCCCAGACUCACCUGGACACGCCCUUGACUCACCCGGACACGCCCUCUUUGCAUGGACACGCCCCCAGACUCACCUGGGCACGCCCACUUUGCAUGGCCACGCCCCCUGACUCGACUAACCACGCCCUGACCUGGCCACGCCCACUCACCUGGCCAGGUGAGCCAGACUCACCUGGCAGCGCCCCUCGACUCGUUAGACCACGCCCCUUCCAUUGGCCACGCCCCCCGGACCCACCUGGACACUCCCACUCCGCAGGCCACGCCCCUCGCGCUCACCCGGCCACGCCCACACCCUUGGCCACGCCCCUUUCCCCAUUGAUGGUGCUGCGGGUCAGGCCCCGCCCCCUCCCCGCGCCGAUUGGCCGAGGGGAGCGGGGUUAUGCAAAUGAGGGGGGCGUGGCUUUCCCCUAGGGUGUUUUUUUUGUUUUUAUUUUUUUGGGGGGGAAUUUUUUUGGGGGGAAUUUCGGGGAUUUUUGGGGCUUUUUCGGUUCCCGGGGGUGGGGGAGGGGCGGGGCCCCCUCCCCCCCUAAAAAAAACCCAAAAAAUUUUCCCGCGGGACGGGAGGGGGGGGGAGGGGCCGGGCACAGGCCCCGCCCCCGGGGGGGGAGGGGCGGGAACGGG